AUGCCGCCGUGGGACCCGCCAUCGCUAGGGACUCAGCUGCUGGCAUCACCACUCAUCUGCGUGCUACGGCCGGUCUACGGGCUUCUGUCUGCCCUGCGCGCGCCGCCGUACACUCGUUCGGCCUCGCAGCCGGUCGUCCGAGUCGUCUGCCUGUCGGACACGCACUCGCAGCACCGUUCAUUGGGGGAGAUACCAGACGGUGACCUGCUUAUCCACGCCGGUGAUCUGACUGAUCUGGGGACUCCGGCCCAGAUACAGGAGGCUGCAGACUGGUUGAACUCGCUGCCACAUCGACACAAGGUAGUCGUGGCCGGGAACCAUGACGGAUGGCUGGACGAGGGCGUUCGGGGAAAGAUAGCAGCCGCCAACGGGAACGUAGACUUGACGACAACAAUCAACUGGGGACAGAUACAUUAUCUGCAGAACUCCUCUGUGACAUUGACAUUUGGACCGUCUGGCUCGAGUCCAUCGGUGACUCGCCACCUUACGGUCCAUGGGAUACCACAGGUGCCGCAGCUGGAGCCGCACGUUACGAUACACGCGUUCCAGUACCCGCCAUACCAAGUUGGACUGCCGUGGCCGACGGCCCCGCCGGCAGAGACAGAUAUACUGGUGUCUCACAGCCCGCCGUUGCACCACGGGGACCUGUUUCCGAACAGCAUCGGGUGUGCACACCUGCUCGAGGCUGCGUGGCGGGUGAGGCCGGCGCUGUAUGUCUUCGGACACACCCACGGCGGCCGAGGGGUGGAGAGGGUGUACUAUGACGAUGCACAGCGGGCGUGGGAGAUGCUGUGCCAUCGACGGCGGGAAGGAGGCUGGCUGUGGUCUCGCGGGGAGCGAGGGUGGGCGUGGUGGCUGUUUCGACGGUGGUCGGUGGUCAGGGACCUGGUGAGCGUGUGCUGGGCGUGGAGGGAUGCAGUUCGAGUGGUGUUUGGGGCCGUGGUGGGAGUUAUCUGGACCAGAAUCUGGGGAGGAGAACGGCCGUUGGGCAGGGAAGGGUGGAUGGUCAACCCGGCCUGCAUGGAUGUCAGGGGACAGAGGAUCGUGGCUGGGCCGAUAAUAGUAGACUUGUAA